CACACACACACACACACACUCCCGAGAAUCCCCGGAACCCAUGGUGAAGGGGAGUGGGCGGGAAGCAAAUCUCUAAGAGAAGACCGGAGAGAUCUAGGGAGGGGAGAGCCUGAAGGACAGUCACACAGCGGGGCGAGUAAGCCCUGAGCGGGGGAGGGUGCGGAGAGUCACCUGGUGGGACAGAGCGGACCCGAGCCUGGGAGGGACGCGAGCCUAGGCGGGGCGAGCGGAGGAGUGGAGGGGCAGGGGCCGAGGUUGGGGGCGGGGACCAGGCGGGGCGCGAGCCUCAGCCGGAAUCGCAGCGUGAGCAGGUGGAGCCGCAGCGGGAGCCCGCCCGGCGAGCGGUGGGAGGCGGCGGCUGGGCCGGGGCCAUGGAGCUGCUAAAGCUGAACCGGAGCGUGCAGGGAUCCGGACCCGGGCCGGGGGCUCCCCUGUGCCGUCCGGGGGGCCCCCUCCUCAACAGCAGCGGUACCGGCAACCUCAGCUGCGAGCCCCCUCGCAUCCGCGGAGCCGGGACACGAGAAUUGGAGCUGGCCAUUAGGGUCACCCUUUAUGCAGUGAUCUUUCUGAUGAGUGUUGGAGGAAAUGUGCUCAUCAUUGUGGUCCUGGGACUGAGCCGCCGCCUGAGGACCGUCACCAACGCCUUCCUGCUCUCCUUGGCGGUCAGCGAUCUCUUGCUGGCUGUGGCCUGCAUGCCCUUCACCCUCCUGCCCAAUCUCAUGGGCACAUUCAUCUUUGGCACAGUCGUCUGCAAGGCAGUUUCCUAUCUCAUGGGGGUGUCUGUGAGCGUGUCCACCCUAAGCCUCGUGGCCAUUGCCCUGGAGCGGUACAGCGCCAUCUGCCGACCACUGCAGGCGCGCGUGUGGCAGACGCGCUCCCACGCGGCUCGUGUGAUCGUAGCCACGUGGAUGCUGUCUGGACUGCUCAUGGUGCCCUACCCUGUGUACACCGCCGUGCAGCCAGCGGGGCCCCGUGUGCUGCAGUGCGUGCAUCGCUGGCCCAGUGCACGGGUUCGCCAAACCUGGUCGGUGCUGCUGCUCCUGCUCUUGUUCUUCGUCCCGGGUGUGGUUAUGGCGGUGGCCUACGGGCUUAUCUCCCGCGAGCUCUACUUAGGGCUCCGCUUUGACGGUCACAGUGACAGCGAGAGCCAGGGCCGAGUACGAAGCCAAGAAGGGCCGCCGGGCGGGGCGCGACCAGGUCCUGCCCACCAGAACGGGCGUUGCCGGCCAGAGAUCGGGCUGGCUGGUGAGGACGGCGAUGGCUGUUACGUACAGCUUCCGCGCUCCCGGCCUGCAUUGGAGCUGUCGGCGCUGACCGCGCCCACUCCUGGGCCAGGAUCUGGCCUCCGGCCUGCCCAGGCCAAGCUGCUGGCGAAGAAGCGCGUGGUGCGGAUGUUGCUGGUGAUCGUCGUCCUUUUUUUCCUGUGUUGGCUGCCAGUGUACAGCGCCAACACGUGGCGCGCCUUCGACGGCCCUGGCGCACACCGCGCGCUUUCGGGCGCGCCCAUCUCUUUCAUCCACUUGCUGAGCUACGCCUCGGCUUGUGUCAACCCCCUGGUCUACUGCUUCAUGCACCGUCGCUUUCGCCAAGCCUGCCUCGACACGUGCGCCCGAUGCUGCCCACGGCCUCCACGAGCUCGCCCCAGGCCUCUUCCAGAUGAGGACCCUCCCACCCCCUCCAUUGCUUCACUGUCCAGGCUAAGCUACACCACCAUCAGCACGCUGGGGCCUGGCUGAGGGGUGGAGGUGGAGUGGGGGCUGAGGCAGGACAGACCCAUUCCUACAAGCACGGCCCCAUCCAGACACACAAGAAACACAGACCAACUGACACAAGAGAUUGACACCCAACAGCGUGGACUAACCCCAAUGCACAGGAAAAGACGGCUUAACUGACACCAAGGAAACAAACCAGACCCCCACACAGGAAAUGAGGCACACUCUUGGUAUAGGACUGAGCCUGGCACGUAGAAACAUGGCACUGCCCUUGGACAUACAGAGACACAGUGUCCCUAGCA